CCUUUCCCUUUUAUAUCAUGGUUAAUUACUCCUAAGAUCUUGCUAGAAUGAUUAUAAAUCAUGACACAAAGGGAGAAAAACAGAGGACCUUCAUUAGUAGGAGGAGUGCAGAAAACAGUUGUCAUUUUCUUCUUUCUUCUUCUUCUUCUUCUUCACUCACUCAUUGUCUUCGGACCCUUGUUUAGGAGGAGUGCAGAAAACAGUUGUCAUUGUCUUCUUUCUUCUUCUUCUUCACUCACUUAUUGUCUUCUCCAAUCCUCAAGUUAUAACUAUAGUUUCCUCUCAGGCAAAAACAUGCAUCAGAAUACCCCUUAACAAAGAUACUACCAGCUAGUAUAUUGUUCAUGAACAUAGCAAUCCAUCCACCACAACAUUAAUUAAUUCCUCUGUUUUUUACCAAAGAAAAAUGCUCAAAACAACCUGCAUUUUGGUAAUCUCUGUCUUGAGCUCAUUUUCUCCACUUACCACUGCAAUGCUCAACCUCUCUCUGCCCGGCCAGCACCCGAACCCGGAUGCCGUUGUCCAAGAAUUCCACAGGAGUGUAAACGUUUCACUUUCAAGAAGACAACUGCAAUCCACCUCCACUGAUCAAUCAACCACCACUUGCCUAACAGGAAACCCGAUCGACGACUGCUGGCGAUGCGACCCAAACUGGCAGCUGAACCGACAGCGCCUAGCCGACUGCGCCAUAGGUUUCGGCCAGUACGCCCUAGGCGGGAAAGGUGGUCGUUUCUACGUCGUCUCCGACCACUCCGACCACGACGCGGUCAACCCCCGCCCCGGCACCCUCCGCUACGCCGUCGUCCAAUCCGAGCCCCUGUGGAUAGUCUUCUCCGCCAACAUGCUCAUCCGCCUCUCCCAGGAACUCAUCUUCAACAGCUUCAAGACCCUCGACGGCCGCGGUGCCAACGUCCACGUCACCGGGGGCGGGUGCAUCACCCUCCAGUACAUCUCCAACGUCAUCAUCCACAACAUCCACGUCCACAACUGCUACUCCUCGGGCAAUGCCAACGUGAGGUCGAGCCCGACGCACUACGGGUAUCGUUCAAAGUCCGACGGCGACGGGAUCUCUAUAUUCGGGGCCAAGGACAUCUGGAUCGACCACUGCUCGCUCUGGCAGUGCAACGACGGGCUGAUCGAUGCGGUGAUGGGGUCCACGGGGAUAACGAUAUCGAACAACUAUUUUUCGCACCACAAUGAGGUGAUGUUGCUGGGGCACAGCGAUGACUACUUGCCCGAUUCGGGCAUGCAGGUGACAAUAGCGUUCAAUCACUUCGGGCAGAAGUUGGUACAACGGAUGCCGAGGUGCAGGCGCGGGUACAUACAUGUUGUGAAUAACGAUUUUACGCAGUGGGAGAUGUACGCGAUUGGAGGGAGCGGGAAUCCUACGAUCAACAGCCAGGGGAAUCGCUACAUCGCGCCUACUGAUCGAAAUGCUAAAGAGGUAACGAAGCGGGUGGAAACAGAGGAGGAGCAGUGGACGGACUGGAAUUGGAGGAGCGAGGGCGACAUCAUGGUAAAUGGAGCGUUCUUCGUUGCAUCAGGUGCCGCUAUAGAGAUCAAGUACGAGAAAGCAUACAGCGUCGACCCCAAAUCUGCUGAAUUCAUCGACCAGCUCACCUUAAACGCCGGUGUCCUCGGCAGCAGGAGCAACAAACUAGGCAAGUGGACUGCAGCAGGAAACGACAGUGAUAGUGGUGGCGGCACUAUUUUAGACUCCGGCGGAAACGGAGACAGCAUCGGUCGUAUGGUUGGGAGCGGCGCAGCACCAUCGCCGCUUUCCCGGCCUGAUUCGACGACGACCAUCUCCAUUCUAAUAACCUUGUCUUCAUCUCUUUUUUUAUAUGUCACCGCUGCUGCAUCUGUCCUUUUGUAGUUGGAAAAACUAGCAGAUGUGAUUAGCUUUCAUUUUCCAAUCUACACCAACUCUUUAGACCUUGCUCCUUUCUUCUUUUACUUUCUUCAUUAAUUUUGUUCUCUAACACAAGUUC